AUGAUCAGACCUGAAACAGAAAUGGAUUUACGAAAGGAGAUUAGGGAAGAAAAAAAUCCGAGAGAAGGCCACCAAAACAUCUCAUUCCAUAGCAACACAAAACAUAGUCUAACAGCAUUUUCACGGUCUAAAUUUCUAGAAGUUUUCAAGGAAAUGUGCUUGCCUCACUUUGACAUAAAUGAGCCAGAAAAAGUGUGCCUUAAUUGCAUGUUAAUUGUUGAAUUGAUGACUAAAUCUAAAUCUGAAGAUAUGAGUUUGAAAUAUGAAGCUGUUACUGGAUUGUGUAACCUUACAAAAACCACUUCUGGUUUGUGCAAAGUUAUAGAAUCAGGCGGCAUCCAUAUUAUGUUAUCCAUGACUGUCAAUGGAGAUUUGAAUUUAAAGUGUGCUAUUGCUUCUGCCUUGCACAGUAUAACUCAAAGUAUGAUGUUAAACUCAUUUCUUGUCGAAGCUGGGUGCUUGAAAGCUCUAAAAAAUUUGUUGGAAACAUCUCAUGAUUGUAAUGAAUUGUUGAAUGAUUCCUUAAGUGCCUUAAAUUUGUUAUGCAUGGAUCCUAACAUUAGAAUAAAAGUAUUAAAGGAAGGAUUUGUCCCCUCACUGUUUGCUGUUGUUCGUUGUACUGGAACAGCUGCUGUAUUUGCUGCAAGAAUUUUGCAAUUUUUAGUUUGUAAUUUUGAUCAUCAUGACUUUAUACUGCAGAAUCAUAAACAUAUCAUAUCAGACUUGUUCGAUGGCUUUCAAAAUGAAGAUUAUCAGGAAGAUAUUUCAAGAGGAUUUCCUCUAUUAUAUCUUCUGAAAGGUUCUCUUCUCCAAAUGAGUUUUCUCACAAAUAUAUUACAGCUUUGUGUGAGUUGCUUACAUUUUUUAACUGAUGAUUCCAGUGAUGUGUUAGCACAUGUAGGAAGAGGUCUUGCAAAUUUUGCUGAGUGCUCAUCAAAUUCACUUCACUUGGUUCAUAAUUUGCAAACCAUUGCUCUAAAAUUACUGAAAUCCACAUCAGAAGCUCCUCGAAUUCAUGGCUGUAGACUUAUAAACUAUCUUUUCUCUUCUGAGCCAACUUUCACUUUGGAUAUUUUAUCUCAAUCAGGAAUGGAUGAAUUUAUCGAAACCAUUUUUGAUCUCCCUGGAAUAACUGAUGUUUUAAAUAAUUUGCUUUUGAGGAAAGUAUCUAGACUUUCUAUUUCUCAAAAACUGUGACAACUGUGAUAAUAUAUUUAAUAAGAAACAUGGAAAUUAUUAAUGUUUUGUAUAGAUGUUAAAAUGAGAAUUUUUACAGAGAACGGCUUGCACAAUGCUUUGUCCACCUAGAAAGUACUUUUAUUAUUCUGAAAUAUUUCAUUUUUGUGAUAUAUUGUACAAUCUUACUGAACAACACUUUCUAGUCAAAAUUUAAAUGAUUUCUAGAGAUUAAAAUUGUAUAAAUCUUGUUUUUGUUGUUAUAAGUAGUUUGCUUAGAAUCCUUUCUCUUUUGCAUACAAAUUGGUAAAAACCUGUUCUCUCUUGUAUGCAUACUGAAGGUUGAGAUUGAAUACUUACAUUUCUUUGACUUGUUAAAAUUGCAUGCCCAGAUAAUUUUAUUUUAGUCUAACAAAAAACUGCUUUACAAAAGAAUUUCAAAACAAAUUUAUACAGAACAAUAUCAAAUAUAUACAAUUUUAUUGACAUUUUGUAUAUUUCAUUAUAUACAUGAGCAUUUUUAAUUAAAUUUUAUCAGUGACAUAUGUUUCACAAAGUUGUUUCAGUCGUUGUAUUUAGUUAAAGAAUAAAGUAUGAAUAAUUUUUUCAUAAAUUCAAUUUAAGACAUGCAUAAUACAGAUUGUAAAGUCUUAAGGGUUUUUUUUUUUU